AUGAUGAAUAAGUUUUGGACUCGUAAUCGUCCUGGUGAUGUUUUAAAAGAGACUCUAGGUGGUGCAAGCGCCAAUGCUCUCUUGCAACUUACUGGUCCAGCCAGUGUCUCCAUCGCUACAGUAUCUUCUGCCCUCUCAAGUGGCACUGCUGAUGAGGUGACCACGUUGCAUAGUGUUGAUGAUUUCGUUUUAUCAAACAGCAGGAUACAUAGGGGGCGCACAAGUUCGAUACAUUCUCUUGAUGAGUCAGAGGAAGCCAAUUUAGCCUCAAGUGAGUUUGACUUAGAUUUGCAUAGUACUCGUAUACAUUUGUGGCACUUUCCUUGUUAA